UCGGCGCCCGCGGUCCAUGGACCGGAACCCCGGGCCGACGGGCAGGAACCCGGACUGCGAUCGUCGCCUCCUCGUCCCAGGCUCCUCCUCCUCGCUCCCCGCCGCCGCCUCCGGACGCCCGCAGGCCGCGCAGCGCCGCCGCCCGGCUCGCAGAGCUGACCCCGGAGGCUGGGAGACGGGUUCGUGGCCGCCGCGGGACUGAGGCCUACUCCGCCGCCUCUCAGUGCUAUUGUCCCUGGGCCCGGCCCCGACCGGGUGCCCCGGAGAGGCGAGUGCUCCGGCUCCGCGGAAGAUGCCGGACCAAGCCCUACAGCAGAUGCUGGACAGAAGUUGCUGGGUGUGUUUUGCCACUGAUGAAGAUGAUAGAACUGCUGAAUGGGUGAGACCAUGCAGGUGCAGAGGAUCUACAAAAUGGGUGCACCAGGCUUGUCUACAGCGCUGGGUGGAUGAAAAACAAAGAGGAAACAGUACCGCCAGAGUGGCAUGUCCUCAGUGCAAUGCUGAAUACUUAAUAGUUUUUCCAAAGUUGGGUCCAGUUGUGUACGUCUUGGACCUUGCAGACAGACUGAUCUCAAAAGCCUGUCCAUUUGCUGCAGCGGGAAUCAUGGUUGGCUCUAUCUAUUGGACAGCUGUGACUUACGGAGCAGUGACAGUAAUGCAGGUUGUAGGCCAUAAAGAAGGUCUGGAUGUUAUGGAGAGAGCUGAUCCUUUAUUCCUUUUAAUUGGACUUCCUACUAUUCCUGUCAUGCUGAUAUUAGGCAAGAUGAUUCGCUGGGAGGAUUAUGUGCUUAGACUAUGGCGCAAAUACUCAAAUAAACUACAAAUUUUGAACAGUAUAUUUCCAGGGAUUGGCUGUCCUGUUCCUCGAAUUCCAGCUGAGGCUAAUCCUUUAGCAGAUCAUGUCUCUGCCACCCGAAUUUUAUGUGGAGCCCUUGUCUUUCCUACUAUUGCGACUAUAGUUGGUAAACUGAUGUUUAGUAGUGUUAACUCUAAUUUACAAAGGACAAUCUUGGGUGGAAUUGCUUUUGUUGCCAUAAAAGGAGCAUUCAAGGUUUACUUCAAACAGCAGCAAUAUUUACGUCAGGCACACCGCAAAAUUCUAAAUUAUCCAGAGCAAGAAGAAGCAUAAAACUGUGACUUCCUAUCGUUCUGCAGUCCUCUCAUCCUUAUGAGUCUGUUGUGUUGUUUUGAUUCCAUCAUUAAUGCACAGUAGUGGAGACUUGUGAUAAGCUGCUGCUCUCGUAUUUUUAAGAAAUAAAAUAAAGAAAGCACUUAGGGCCGGAGAACUCCUCUCAGUAAUCACGGAACCUAAGGAUGUGAUUCGUUCUCAUUAUUCUGUAUGUACUUCUUUUAUGGCGGUCGUCUGAACCAUUACAUUAGCAUGGGAAACCUGGCUUUGUUCAUAUUUUCUUCAGACAGAAAUGUAAGGAUCAACCUGUGCAAAUAUUGAAUGCACAUGCUAUUUUACUCAGAGGCCUCUUUUGUACAUGUUCAUGUUUAGUGUUUUCUUAGAAUUGGCAACUCAAUGAAGGUACUGAGGACUUUUCUCAUUGGCAUAAUUUGAUUACAUGUUGUAAACAGGAGUACAUGUUAAUAUAAGGAAAUGUAAAUUAAAUUACUUAUAAAUAAAUAACAAACCAAAAAUGUAUGUAAACAUUUAAAUGAUUAUCUGAACAAA